UUUCACGAACUCCAAAGUCCAAACACAGCCUUAUCCACUCCCACUAUCCCACAUUUUUCCCCUCAGUUCCCCGCAAGCAGUGAGCAGUCAAGAGAGCUCAACAAUGGCGUCCUCUACGUCUCUCGCCCCAAGGCUCACGUCUUCCUCUUCUCCUCCUUCGCUCUGUCUCAGUCCAUCAACACAUUCUCCGCCCUCGCCGCCACUCGCAAUCUCAUUCCCUUGCAGUUUCGGAGCUUUCCUCAGAAAGGCCCAACUCUGGCAGCCCCACAGGCCAAACCCAGGACGACCAAUCAAGGCUCAGACCCUGGAAUUCUCAGGUUCGUUCUUCGAAGGAGGGUUCGGGGGAGAAGACGACCCGCCGGCGCCUCCUGGGUCGCCCUUCACGACGGUGGAAGACAAGGAGGAGCCGCAGUGCCCGCCGGGCCUCCGCCAGUACGAAACUAUGGCGGUGUUAAGGCCCACCAUGUCCGAAGACGAGCGUCUCGCUCUUACCCAGAAGUACGAAGAGUUGCUUGUUGCCGGUGGUGGCAUGUACGUAGAGGUAUUUAACAGAGGAGUUAUUCCACUGGCCUACCCGAUCAAGAAGAAAAACAAAGCCGGAGAGAGCAACACUUAUUUAGACGGGAUCUACCUCCUCUUCGCUUAUUUCACCAAACCUGACUCGUUGGAAGCUCUUGAGGUGACGCUGAAAACCGACGACGAUGUAAUCCGAUCAUCCAGUUUUAAGAUAAGGAAGAGGAAGUACUGAUGCCUGACCCUUUGGUUCAGUUAUGUAGCUCAGAGAAGAAGUUUUUGCUAGGAAGCAGCUUUUGUGAGCUCAUACACUAUAGAUCUACUUGCUUUCUCCCAGUUAUUGCAACCUAAUUCCUGUAUGUAACAUUACCGGUUUUCUGGCAAAUAGAGCUUGUGAUUUGUUUA